UAGAGCGAGCGAGGUGGCCGCUGACAGGGAAUACUGGUGCCAUUUUCACCUUGCAGGAGGCUCCAUUGCUGCUUGCCUGUGCAGAGGACGGAGGCCAGCUGAUACUGCAGAGCGCCCUAGACGAAGUCAUGCAGUCUUUCAGAGAACGGAGCUGUUUCCAUGGUAACCAGCACUGCUACCAGCAGGGGCCCUAUGAAUUAUCACGCCUUGAGAAUUACAGACAUCAGCACAGCCAGACCAGACAAGGCUAUGAAGCGCACUCACUUGCAGUGGCACCAUCGGCGGCAGCAGCAGGCAGUGUCGCCAAGGAUUGUUAUAGCCAGCCGGCCUAUCCAGGCUAUGGCAACAGCUCUGCCCAGGCUGAGAAGCAGUACAAAGGAAGCAAAAUUUCAAGCCAGCAUCUGCAGAGCAGUUAUGGUAGCCAUGCUGGCCCUGCAUACUCCAGUUCAUACAUGACAGAAGGUCAUCUUCAGCAGAAGUGGGAGGAUUCUCAUCUGCCCCAAUAUGAGCAGGACAUGCUGGGCAGAUUAGAAUCAGCAGAUGGAGCAAGGGGUAGUGCGUCUCAAUAUCUAUCACAAAAUUUGAAGCAUUCCCAGAGUCAGUGUCCUCUUGUCACACAGUCCUCUGGUCCGGUCUACACCAGCCACCAUCAACAAAAUCUCCCACAAGACACUUCCCCAGCCCCUAUGGCAUACACUCAUGGCCAAAUGCAUUUUCCCCAGCACUCACAGUCUCUCUCAACAUCCACACCUUCAUAUGCGGAGAAAUGUAACCCCACAUCUCACUGUUAUAAGAACUACGGCAUGGCACCCAACUCUCAGUACAGUAGGCACAUCAUGAACAGCAACAGCCUCAAGCAAAACAGCUACAGAACACAGAACAUCUAUGUAUACCAGCAGCCACCUUCAAGACCUGGAUAUGAACAGCAAGCCCCUUUGCAGGGAAUAUCCAACAACCAAGAAAACCUUUCAAAAUAUCAACAUUUUAACCAACAGCCACAGAGUUACUGCCUUUCUGAGCUCUCCGUAAGAUCACCAGAGCAGUACUACCAGAACUGCAGUCCCAGCUCCAGCCACUCACCUGCUAGGUCUGUGGGUAGGUCUCCCACAUACAGCUCAACCCCAUCGCCCUUAAUGGUUUCUUCAGAGACUUUUCAAUACAGCCAACCCCCUAUUACAUCAGGGACCUCUUCCUCUACAAACCUGCGAGAGCAGGGCUUACAUAUGCCACAGAAAUCUCAUUCAUCUCCCAGUAUUAACCACAAGGCCUCCAGCUAUGCAGGUUCAUUGAAAGACAGAUUCUCAGAAAAGCUAUUGUCCAAUCCAAGCCUGUGGAGCCUUAAUGCUCUAACAUCCCAAGUGGAAAAUAUUUCCAGCAAUGUCCAGCAGCUACUGCUGUCUGAAGCUCUAAUGGAUAAUAAAAAGAGCAGUAAAAGGAGCAAUCCCAAACAAGGAGAGAACUUUAAGGAUCAGCUAAAUAGUGUUGAUGACGGGUUGUGUUCUGAAAAUCUCCACACGGACCUUGUCACAGAAGCAUUCGGAACCUGCCAGACCAUCCACAAUGAGGGAGGAGACGCGGGAUGCCCCAUCACUUCUGAAGGUCAAACAGACAGGAGUUAUUACUUCUGCAACCAAAGCAGGAACCCAGUGCCAACUAUUAACAAUUGCCAGACAUCACUGAAUGCAGUUUCUUCCUGUUCCCUAACCUCAUCUGCUGAUAUUUUGGAAAAGUCAGACAUAUCUAGUGUGAAUAUUCCCCAGAUUGGAGACAACUGCAAUACCUUGCUGAAGAACGCUGGAGAGGAGAAUUCUGGAAAUGACAGCGUUCGCAGCCCACUAAGUCAAGAGCAGAGGCCUGCAGCAGACAUUGCAAAUACAAAGGAUUCAGUGAAGGAGGACUAUGAGGAGACAUCCUUGCUAGAAAAAUCACCUGAGGAGGUUCACAGUGACACAUCUAAAGAAAAGUUGGCCACAACUUGCAAUGACCAGGCUGAUGACACGAGCAAACAAAUAGAAUGGGCAAGCAAUGAAAAAUGCCCAUCUGAGGAUUUUCAGAGGAGUCAAGUUGUGACCACUGAAAGCUAUCCCAGUGAAUUUGAAGAACAACUAUAUCAUGAAAUUGAACAAGUUUAUGGUACUGGAAUGCAUUCUAGCGAGGCAUCUGACAUCAAAUGCAAUAGAGAUGUGAACUCAAAUUCUGAUUCAAAUAGGAAAAGUGGUCCAUUAGUGUGCAAAGAUGAAACUUUAACCAGUAAAGGGAAUAACUCAGAUCUUCCACAUUUAGGCUCUGGGAGUGAUCCUUUUGAAGCAAACGUUUCUGCGGCUACACACGAGAACCCAUAUGAGGAGCAGCAGUCAGUUCUUCCCAGUCAGACCAGUGAAGCUAGAAAGGAGAAGGAGAGUUUACUGGCUUUGGAGGAGGUCAUAAAUAAUGAAACGCUGUUGCAACCUGGAGACUUGUGCAGCUCAGCCGACGACCAGGCAAACAAGUCACAAGACGAAGCCGCAAAAAACACAAUGCACGCGAGUUCUGAAAGACAGUCAUUCAUUCGCGACAUUGCACCUCCAAUACACUCUGCGAAGACAGCCUUCUCAGUGUUUAAUGAGGAAGGAACACCUCUGUCCCAGUCAAGGGACCACAUUGAUCGACGGGAUGCUGCAGAGCUGGAGCCUGACUCCCCUCAGCUACCAGGCAAGUCAAUAAUGCACUCAGCACCUUCCUGGGCUGACACUCCACCUUCCCCGAAGAAAGGUGAUGAAGAAAUCGAUCCCGAGAUGAGCUGUGUGAGUGCAGUGACACCUUCAACCAAAUCUGAGCCAAUGGCUCCAUCUGCAAACCUUAGAGCAAUCAACAGAAGGCAUGCGCGAGGGAGGCGACGCCAGUCUCGAAUACUAAUGCAUACAAGUGCUGGAAUCACGAGGAUCUCAAGUGUGGAACGGAAGGGAGUUACAGGAGCUCCUCAGGAAAUCAGUAUGCCACCUUGUAAAACGAUCGUUUUGGCAGAACAGAAACCGGUAGCUCAGAAAGACCUCCCCUCCCAGACUUCCACUCUUUUGGCAGAGAACUUCCCAUCUAGGAUGUGCACUCGCUCUUUUACCGCAAUGGCCACACACAGCCUGUGUCUCCAUUUGAAAAGGGAGCGAGGUCCAAAGCCCUCUCAGCACUUUGCCGACAAAGACUCUCUGGAUCAUUCCGAGAGCUUAAUUUCUAAGAUCAAAUGGAAAAAGCAGAAGGGGCCCAAGACAGCAAUCCUCGGUCACACAAAGGGUAGGAAGGGUCUGAGUGAGAUCAUGCACCAAGAUGAAAACAAGGAUACCACUUUGUUUUUAGCUCCGCUUGUUAAGGACCAGAAACCUAUGGUACUGAGAUCCAGAAAACAAGCUCAGGAGAACCCUCUGAAAGAAAAAGGGACAGAGAAAAGGACAGUGUGCAAUCUAACCAAGGCAGUGAAAGACAUGAAGAAGCCGGAGGAGGCUUUUCUAAAAGAUCAGAGCUUCGUGAGUUCCAAGCAAAACCUUUCCUCUGCUGACCGCAAAAGUGUCUACAGAGCCUUGAUUAGCAACUCAGAUGAGAAGAACGAACCCACCGUUAAGAGAAAAUCUAACUGUCACCCCAUAGUGCCAAUAAAAAAGCAAAGAGUAAUGAAAUCAAGCAAACCUGACAAGCUACAGUCUCCUUUAAAAACAAACCUCAUGAGAGUUAAAGCUUCCAAGAAGAGGUUCAAGCGAGGAGAGCAUUUCAAAUUAUCAUUAAACAGCUUUCUUACCAAAGAUCCCUCCCCUGUUAAUUUGAGUGAUGUCCCUUGCUUACCUCCUCAGUAUCCUGCCAAAACAAAGUAUUUGCCUCCAAGGAAAGGCAGAGGCUUAAAAUACGAAGCAAUGGUUCAAAAAAUAACAUCGCCAGGGUCAAAAAAGCAUAACUUAAUUGUUCAGUUCGAGAAUGUAGUGGAGAAUUUGACUAAAAACUCCACAUCGCAGGCUACAGAACAAAUAAAGACGGAACAGGCUACAGAGAAGGUGUCAGAAGACAGUGGAAUUUCACAGAACCCCAUGGUAAUGCAGGACACAGCAUACGAUAAAGCUCCCGAGGUUAAAAAGAGAAAGGGGGGACCUGAGGAUCCACCCGAUGUAGUGUCUGGCACAGGGAGUCUUGCAGUUAGCACCCCAAGAGUGGCCAAGCAAAGAGCUAUCAAGAACAACCAUGAAAUGCAUUUGAAGCAGAGGAGGAGCAGGAAGAAGAGCUUUGGCCAGCCGCAGAGCACAGCGGGGCAGGAGCCACCAGCAGCCACUGCACACACCCACAGCCCCGAUCAGCAGGAAGGCAGCGCUCGGACCUCCACUGAGCCUACCAAGUGCGCGAAGGGGAAAGCUAGGUUGCCCUCCACAAGGAAGACAUCUUCGAAAGCACUGGGAAAGAAGAAUAGCGUGAAGCAAAAAGCGACAUCCAACAAAAGAAACAAAAGGUACUCAGAUGCUCUCAAGCCAGCCAAAAAUGGACGUAGAAUUAAGAUCAAACACAGAAAAUUAUCGACUUUGUCAAGAGUGAAAGAAUGUCCUAAGACUACCUUAAAACGUACUUGGUGCAAACUUGCUAAAAACGAAAGCGUACCUUUAUUCAGCCCGUAUGUGCACAUUGACGGAACAGAAUACUUCUCCUCUAUAUGUAUCAUCAACAGGCCCGAGGAGGAACGCCUGCUCUUUGAGACCAGGAAAAAGACCUCUGCCAAGAUAGCGAAUCCAGCUGCGGUUGCCAAGGCGAUACCAAGCUCCUCAGCCAUGCUGCAGGGGCCCUUGGUCAACAAAACCCUGAAUGACCGUCAUCUUAUUUGUUGUCUUUGUGGAAAAACAGCAAACUACAAAGAGCUUGGGGACUUGUACGGGCCAUAUUACCCAGAGGACAAUAUACCACGGAAGUUUCUGAAAUACAAACAGGAGUCCGCAGAGGAUAAAGUGAUAAUGAGCUGCAGUCUGGUGAACACCAAACCUCUAAAGAAGGAAGGUAUUAAGAGCAGUGAUGGCGGGAGCUCAGGACGGCCUAGAAGAGCGUGGUGGCCUUCGGGAACGGGAGGCACCGCUCGGCCCAAGUUCUUGGAGAGGUACAAGAGGCUGCAGCAGUUUCAGGGUUGCGAAAGAAGGGUGGGAGAGGGUGGGGUACCACACUUAAGACUCUUAGACUGCAGCGGGACUGCUACGGAGAGGCUGGAGCUGGUGGCGGAGUCCAGGGAGCACUGGGUCCAUGAGGAUUGUGCCAUUUGGACCAGUGGCGUCUUCCUGGUCGCGGGCAAGCUGUACGGAGUGAAGGAGGCUGCGCUUGCUGCUGCUGAAACGAGCUGCUCAGCAUGCCAGGAUGUGGGUGCGUCUAUCAGCUGCUGCUGGAAAGCCUGCCCUCAGAGGUUCCACUAUUGUUGUGCCAAAGACAUCGGUUGUUUACUACAAGAAGACAACUUGUCAUUAAAGUGUGCACAACAUAAGGCUUCGUGAAAACCUGGGCAGCUUGGGAAGAUCUCCAGCGCGGUGCAUCAAAGGAGGUGCAUCCAGGCUCCCGAGGAGCCAACGCGGAUUACGCCGCAGCAGCCCUGCACACCGAAGUACCCAACAGGAGCUCUCCUGCAGAGCGACAGCUGCAGCACUGACACCGGCUCAAGUCAAGUGUACAUUAUAGUCAUCAGAUGGCAGCUUCCCUCCUUUCUGUGUCGCUGGUGAGACAUACAGCUUUCUGCUGCAUUUAUUUUGAACUAAACAAUCAGUGAGAGAGGGGAAAUCACUCUUGAAAUAAGUAUUGUUGGAAACCGGAGGUUCUCAUUCUUCACAUACAGAAAUUUUUCACGUUUUUCAAGUGUCUUAUUUUCAUUUGCUAUUCGAAGCAUUUAAGCAAUUCCCUCAACACCAGUCCACCGAGGCAAUGUGAAAAUAUUUAACCAGUUCGCACUCAAAAUGUAUUGGACCCGUGGGCAAGAGUGUGAAUGGAUGUAUUUUAAUAUAUUGUUCUUCCAACAUAUAUUUUUAAUGUGUUUUUCAGACCUCUGUAAUGGAAUAAACAAUACUCACAUGGCCAUCUGUGAAGUUUUAUAUUACCAUAGUAUUACGUUGCAUCAAGUUAGUUCACCUAAAUAUGCAUAAGUGUGCUCACAAAGUCACAAAGAUUGUUUUUUAACUGAAUAUCCGUUCGCACAGGGUUUGCACAGCUCUUAGGUAUUUUGCAGCACAUAACGUGAACUUCAACUGGAUAUUGUAAUUUGUUCUGUCUGAGGUCAGUGUUCCAUUUUACAUUCUUGAACUCUAGUUUUAUUCACGUAAGAGGCAAGCAUUUAUAAGGUAGUCGGUUAAUCUGAAAGUUAAAAAUGAGUUUUGUAAAAAGAUACCGUUCAGAAGAAGAA